AUGACGCUGAGAGAAGGAGGAAAGAAUAAUUAUCCCAAGGCAUCAAGCCAACUGGUGAACGGGGCUCUUUUAACCUAUCUAGCGGGACUGCUUCUCAUGAUGGCAUUUUGCAGUCCAUACUGGGUACAGUCGUACGACGAAACGUUCUCCGAGUUCAAACACAUGGGUUUGUGGGAAUACUGCUUCGACCAGUUCCGCUACCCCUACUAUCAGUUCGACCACCUGUUUGAUGGCUGUCACCAUGUCUUCAGCCAGGAGUUUUACGUUAUUCGGGAAUGGUUGCUGCCUCCAUGGCUAAUGGCGACGCAGUCGUUCGUCACGAUGGCUUUUCUACUGAGUUUUGGGGCCCAGGUGUUGAUGGCGCUGCAGCUGUGUCGAUGGCCUUUGGAAUUUGUGUUACAGAGAGAGUGGAUCUUGUCUGCGAUUGAUUUUGCCUGCGUAACAACUACCACUGUCUUCAUGUUCCUGGCGAUCGUGAUCUUCGCAGGCUCCUAUGAACGUAGAGAUUGGCUCAUGUACCCCAACUUCAACCAUUUAAGCUGGUCCUAUGCCAUGGGAGUUCUGUCUUUCUUCCUCCAUGGUUUGGCGGCAAUUUUCCUUUACAAGGAAGCGCAGCAAAGUUAUGAAAGACGAAGAGAGUCAAAGAAUCUGAUCAUGCAGAUGCAUCCCAACCCGCAGCACAGAUUGGGGUGGAACGUACAGUGAGGAGCAUUCGUAAGAGGUUUCUUUGAUAUUUGCUUAUCGUUUUAGUUUAGUUAUAACUGGGCCUAGCCUUGAGAAUACAGCGGGGUUUGUCGUAUUUGUCUCUCGCUAUUUUUUAACUUCAUUGUGUGCCCCCGAGAGGAAGGUGUCCAAGGAGAAGCUGUGAACAAUAUUUCCUUGAAAAUAUCUGAAUUGGCUGCUUAAUAGAUGAUUCCUUUUUCGAAAAAUUAAGAAAAAUAAUGCUGUUGAAAUUUCACUCUAUGUGUGAAAUCUUAAUUUUGAAAUCCUUUAUAAAAAAAAUAGGAAACUUGAUAUUUUUAUGUCCAUUUGCCAUCUGUUUUAAUAUUCAACAGUUUCAAAUUUUAGACUACUCCAAGGACACCUUAUACCUUAUUAUUUUUCAAUAAGACCAUUAAAAAUAAAGAUGUUUCCAUUGACACUUAUUUGAUACAGUUAAUUGUUUGAAUCUCGCUUUUCUGACUACAAAUCUUAUGACCACAUAAAACAAGUUGUCAUAAUAUUUAUUUUAAGUAUAUAUUUUGUAGAUCUGAUUUUCACAGAUAUGUCUGUUUCAGCGACAUAUUUUUAUAUGCAUAUAUUUUUGCUUGAAAGAUCUGAAGUUUUAUGAAUGCAAAUUAUCAAGUAAAUAUCUAGAAUGGCAGAACUUCAGGCAAAAUAUCCAGGAAAAUUGAAAAUUUUCCAAAAAAGUACACCACCUUGAUAAAUCUUGAUAUUUUUGAUAGUCAUAAGAACAAAAUCAUACAAGCUAGUCCUUGUCUCUGUCUUAAUUUGAGAAAUUCAGUCUUUUGUCUUUCAACUUUCAAGACAUCAGUAAUGCACAUGUCGACAAUCAAUUCUUCUUCUUCAACUAACUGAAUGGCCCGCAACUACAAAUAGUGAUUAAAUUCAGUUGAUUAAGAUGUUGACAGCUGAUGGUGUUAGGAAAAAAAUGUGAUUUUCAUUGUUAUACAAAAUGUGCCUAGAAGAAUUGGAAAUCCUCCAA